CCUCAACUCCAACGACGGCAUUUUUUCCGUUUCUUGUCGGCCGUCCUCCCCCCUCACGCUCCGCCAUCAUCGGACGGCUAUGCACUCGCGCCGCUGAAGAGACCGAUGCUCUCCGCGCCUACAUCGAUUGAGACGCAUCGAUAGUCUGUCCAACCCCCGACGCGUCUUCCCCCCACCCCUCGUCAACCGUUCCGUGUCGGCCUUUGCGACUCCCGAAAAGGGUCGCUUCUCGCAGUCCGCCAUGGUGGCCGCCGCGGAUGGCACGACCAACGGCGUGACGAAUGGCGAUGCCGCCCGCGCUCCCGUUAGCACCCGCUUCUCCGACAUCCCCUCGGCCAUCGACAUCCCCGUCCAGGGCGACCAGGAGGACGAAGCCGUCGAGAUCGACCUCGAAGACCUUCUCGACGACCCAACCGAGCUCUGCACCCUCUUCGAGAACGAGCAUGCCGCCAAGACGUACUGGAUGACAGUCGCGCUCGCCUACGCCAAGCAGAAGAAGAUCGACCAUGCCAUCGAGAUGCUCCUCCGCGGCGCUAGUUCCAUCAGCAACAGCGGCAACCCCCGCGACAAGGUCAGCAUCAUCUGCUGUCUGUGCUGGAUGUAUCUGUGGAAGAGCCGCGAAGCCCCUCGAGUCGCGCCCGAUGGCAUUCGCAUCUCCGAGGCCAAGACAAAAGAGUACUACCUCCAGCUGGCCACGUCCUCGCUCAACGACGCCGCCCGCCUCAACCCUUCCUUCCCGCCCAUCUUCCUCGCCCGAGGCGUCUUGCUCCUCCUCAGGGCCUCGCUGCAGGCCCCUGCCAAGACCGCCGGCGGCAUCGGCACCGAAAAGAAUGAGCUCCUUAAGACGGCUGUCAAAUCAUUCGAAGAUGCCUUGCGAGUAUCACAAGGAAAGAACAUGCUAGCCCUCAUGGGAAAGGCCCGGGCUUUCUUCUCCAUGCACAAGUACCCCAACGCCUUGACUGCGUAUCAGGAUGUGCUUCAGAAGAUGCCUGACUUGGUCGAUCCGGAUCCGAGAAUUGGCAUCGGCUGCUGCUUCUGGCAGCUCGGCUUCAAGGAAGACGCCAAGGCCGCAUGGGAGAGGUCGCUUGAAAUUAACCCCGACUCGACCGUGGCCAACAUCCUCCUGGGCUUGUUCUACCUCGAUGCCAGCGGCCACGUGCCUGUCAACAGCGACGACUUUUUGAAGCUGUACAGGAAGGCCAUGACAGAGUAUACCCAAAAGUCUUUCAAGCUGGACAAAGAGCUGCCCCUCACCUGCUCUACUUUCUCCAGCUACUUCCUCUCGCGCAAAGCCUGGGACAACGCGGAGAAGCUGGCGCACAAGGCCAUCCAGUUUACAGAUGUUAAUGCAAUCGCUAGUGACGGUUGGUAUCUGUUGGCGCGCAAGGCACACUACAACGGCGACACCGACAAGGCGAGCGACUACUACCGCCGUGCUGACGACGCACGAGGUGGCACAGACACGGGCUACUUACCCGCAAAGUUUGGCGUCGCGCAGCUGUCCGUUCUCAAGAACGACCUGGGUGAAGCCAAGCUGCGACUGGAGAAGAUGAUCCAGCAGUCGAGGAGCCACGAGGCAAUGAUCCUCUUGGGCACAAUCUACGCAGAGGAAGUAUUCGCUAGCCAAAAGAGCGAUGUAAAGGAGGACAAGUCGUCGGAGAUGGCAAAGGCCAUCUCGCACCUCGAAAGCGUACGAAGCGCUUGGAAGGACCCUAAGAAGGCGCUGCCUUCGGAUUCUUCCGUCUUGCUCAACCUGGCACGUCUAUAUGAGACUGAGAACCCCGACAAGGCGCUACAAUGUCUGCAACAGGUCGAGCAGCUCGAGUUGGCUCAGAUUCCGGCUUCGGAACGACCCCAGUCGACCGACGACGCGGAGGCCCAGGCGGCCAUCAGGAAAUUGUUGCCUCCGCAGCUCCUCAACAACAUUGGCUGCUUCCACUACCAGUCGGAGAAGCACGAAUUGGCCAGCGGUAUGUUUGAGGCGGCGUUGGGCGCCUGCAUGCGCAUUGGCGAGAGAGACCCAGAGAUGGACACGGACGCGCUCGUCUCAACCAUCAGCUUCAACCUUGGUAGAACGUAUGAGUCUAGGGGCUUGACCGAUAAGGCUAUGGAGGUGUAUGAGGGCCUACUUGCUCGCCAUGACGACUAUACCGAUGCGCGCACGAGAUUGGCAUACAUCAAGCUUCGGAGACAUCCCAACAAGGAGGGACCCGAUGCCGUGGCCAAGCUGUACCAGGACCACACGAGCGAUCUGGAAGUCCGUGCGCUGUACGGCUGGUACCUCGGUAAAGUACACUCCCGCAAGCGACCUUCGAACGUCGCCGACGAUCAUGAGUUUCGGCACUACAAGCACACCUUGCAACACUACGACAAGCAUGACCGGUAUGCCCUGGUAGGCAUGGGCAAUCUAUACCUGAUGCAAGCGAGGGAGAUGCGACGCGAAUCGGAGCAGGAUAAGCAAAAGCGCAGCGCCAUCUACGGCAAGGCCGUCGAGUUCUUCGAGAAGGCCCUGUCCUUGGACCCCAAGAACGCGUUCGCGGCACAGGGAGUCGCCAUCGCUUUGGUCGAAGACAAGAAGGACUACAAGGCAGCCCUUCCCAUCUUCAAUCAGGUCCGGGAGACAGUCAGAGACUCGCACAUCUACGUCAACCUGGGUCACAUCUACUCGGAGCUGAGGCAGUUCUCAAAGGCCAUUGAGAACUACGAGAUUGCGCUGUCCAAGGACGGCAAGGCAAAUGAUCCCGUGAUUCUCUCCUGCCUAGGCCGGACCUGGUUGAACCGGGGAAGAAACGAGCGAGACGCGGACUCUUGCGUUAAGGCCCUCGAGUGCGCGAAAAAGGCUUUUGAAAUCGCCCCUAAGGAGCAGCUCCACUACAAGUUCAACGUCGCCUUCGUGCAGAUCCAGCUGGUUACCACCCUGCAGGGCCUGCCGGAGAACCGGCGGACGCUGGAGCAAUUGGAGCAGGCGGCGGAGGGCCUGGAGGCCGCUAUCGAGAGUCUCGACAGCAUUGCCCCUCUGCCCAACAGCCCAUACCCGAAGCACGAUGUCGAGCAACGCGCCAACAUGGCCCGCAACACGCUGCGGAAGCAGCUCGAGAGAGCCAUCGGCAAGCAAAAGGAGUGGGAAGAGAUGAAUCAAGAGAAAAUUAAGGCGGCGAGGGACCAGCGCGAGGCCGAGAUCAAGCGCCGCGAGGCCGAGCGGGAGGCCGUCCUGGCCAAGGAGCGCGAGCGGCAGGAGAAGAUCAAGAAGGAGCGCGAGGUGAUUGCCGCGCGCGAUCGAAUGCUGGCGGAACAGCGGGCGGAGCAAAAGGCUGAGGAGCUACGCGAGCAGCAGGCGCGCAAGGAGGCGGAGCUCACGACGGACGAGGAGACUGGCCAGAAGGUCAAGCGCAAGCGCAAACCCAAGAAGCCGACAGAGCGGCGGGCGCGGAAGAAGGGCGAGCGCGACGACGCGGAUGAGGACUCUCAGGAGGAGUCGCAUACCAAGAAGAGACGCCGCCUCACCAAGAAGGAGUCGAGCAAGUACAAGUCGGCCGAGAUUGUGGUCGACAGCGACGAGGACGACGACGAGGACGCGCUCGAGCGCGCGGAAAGGAACAUGGAGAGGAGCGGCACGGUCGGAUCGGACGAAGACGAUGAGGGUGAUGCGGGCGCCGCCGACAAGAUGGACGUGGACGGGGACGAGCAGCCGGCGGAGCAGGGCGGCGAUGCGGACGAGGAAGAGGACGAGGACACCGCGCCGCGCCAAGCUCAACAGAAGAGAGCCCGGCGGGGUCGCGUUGUCGAGUCCGACGAGGAGGAAGAAGAAGAAGAAGAGGGAGAGGGCAACAGCCCCCCCGUGCGCGGCCACGACGGCAGCUCCCCGGCUGCGGCUGCGGACGAGACCCUACGCGACGCUGCCGAUGACGACGAAGACGAGGACGAGUAGAUGCGUCGUCAUCCGUCAAUUUCAUCGUGUAUAGUACGUUUCCAGGUAUUCAGGGUCCGCGCCGGUUGGAGGGACGGGGUGACGAUACAGGUUGACCAACAAAGAAGGGGCGGCGGGUACGGGAAUAGCGAAAAUCACAUUGGUUUUUUGUAUGCAUACCUGUAUCUUUGUUCCAC